CCACUACGGUGCUGAAGUGAGCGAGCAAGGAAGAUGUUCCAUCUAAAUGACAAUAACAAUAGCAGCAGCAGCAGGCGAAGUAGCAACAAUAGUCAUAUGAACUCUGGCUAGAGAAGAGCAGGAGAGGAAUAGAAAGGCUAAGGCGCAAGCCACACGUUUAUCAAUAUCAAGUAUUAUUGGAGGGUGCCUGCGAGAGUGUCUAAAGCUGAGUAUACACGUGUGCUUACUUGUGUACAGUGUGCGUGGAAAGUGAUCUCGGAAGAGUAAUCGAAGGAUUCGAGAAACAAAAGCAGUGAUAGCAGCGUCAAUAACACUGAAUUCGGUGGGAAAUUAAAGAGAUUAGACGUUUGAAAGAGCCCAAACAGGUAGUUAGCAAUGAAUUUUGGAGAUAGUAGCUGGAAAUUCGAUAUGAGCGACUAAAUACGAUACUUCAUCAGUCAUUAAUGUGACGGGAACCAAUUCUCAUUAAGCUACAAAGCAGCUUGACUUACAGAGAGAGCCAGCAAAAUUAAGAAGAGACGCUUCAAAUGAGAUCGCAAAAAUAGAAGUACUAUAGAAACAUUUCAAAAAUGAAUUAAAUUCAACUUCCAUGGGGGACCAAAGAAGUUUUGCUUGUAAGGUGAUUCGUGUCUCUUGAAUUUCAAAUGGAUUAGUUCAACAGAAUAAUGGCUGAAAUAAUGCUAUCCCUAAUAAAACGUCUGUAGAAUGGAGUGAUUCCAUUAGAACCGCAUAUAUUGAAAGAAUGCUUUCGCGUCUUUUCGAAUGUUUGAGAUAUUAAAUAGUGAAAGUGGACUAUGUUGAAUCUGCGUGGCGGGAAGUGCGGCAAAUUCAAUGGGAAAAGCGCUGGAAUAACCCUAAGAAUGAAAUAGAGAAUGACGAGAAUGUUAUUAUCACCAUCGCUCGUAAACUUAUGAACAAAGUGCAAUACAGAGUACCAUGCUCCUGCUGGGGCGUUCGGGACAGUGGCCACCAGCGCUGCCUAAGCUCUGUUUUCUGCCCUUGUUACUACAGCUCAUUUCCGCGCUUUUGCUGGCGCUCAACCUCGCAACUCGUAGCGAUGUUUUGGCAAAAAUCUACAACGCACAGUCUGUUCCAUACCUCGACCCGAUGUCUGCCGAGACUCCCAAUCAUCCCAUCGUAGUGUAUCGUGCCAUGACGACAAGUAGUGGCACUAGAAACCGGAAUCUCUGGAGGACGCGGUCCCGUUCCCGCUACGCGGCUAAGUCCAAUAAGGGCAAUUUUUUUCAGUUUGUUCGGAGGCCUUUCGGUCAACGCAUAGUCGGCCGCCUAAAUAAUGACAUUGAUGGCUGUGACAUAGGCCAAAAAUGUGGUAUGAUUUUUAGCUGUCUCAUGGCCGGCGGGAAGCCGGUCAAGGCCUGCAGCGGAAGCUUGCUCCAGUACUGUUGUGAUUAUCCAUCGGAGAAGCCCAUACAGCCUCCAAUCUUUGGACCAGUCAAGAAUGACCCGUAUUGUGGACGGAGCGCUGGCAGGGUAAGCCGAAUCGUAGGUGGUAAUGAUGCCGAGUUUGGCGAAUUUCCUUGGCAAGCAUUUAUCCUUGUGGCUGGAAGCCGUUGCGGAGGGGCACUUGUUGGCAGGCAACAUGUUGUCACAGCAGGGCAUUGCGUCGCCAAAGCCAAAGCUCCUGAAUCGAUCAAAGUGAUUUUGGGCGAUCUCGUGCUUAACUCAGACAUCGAAGAGCUUCCUCACGAAGAAUACAACGUCCUACAGAUUCGUGUGCAUCCGAACUUUCAAUUCACGCCACAGGCUGACCGUUAUGAUGUUGCUAUCUUAGUGCUAGAUCGGCCAGUCCAAUAUCGCGAAAACAUCAUGCCAAUUUGCCUACCCGAGAAGGGCGCCGACUUCACAGGACGUACAGCCACCGUUGCUGGCUGGGGCGCCAUAGAGCCACGCUCGAAGCUACGUCCGCGCACCUUGCAGAAUGUUCAGGUUCCAGUGAUGAGGAAUGAACAAUGCGAGCGGUGGCAUCGCAAGCAAGGGAUCAAUCUGCGAAUCCACGCCGAGAUGAUGUGCGCCGGAUAUGAGUUCGGCGGGAGGGAUUCAUGUCAAGGCGACUCGGGGGGUCCCCUAAUGUUCAGCGAUAACGGGGUCUGGUAUCUUAUCGGAGUGGUUUCGGCUGGUUACUCCUGCGCGAAGCAAUACCAGCCUGGCAUCUACCACCGUGUGGCCAGCUCCUCAGACUGGAUCUCUGCCAACGUCUUCAGUUAGCAAGUUCCUGUUAAUUGUUGUCCUAACACUAUUAUGCCCUCGUGGCAUUUUCUCCUACUUGAAACAUCACGCAGAAGCAAAAGUGCACGCGCACCAAGGAACAUUUGUUAAAUCGUCAUCAGAAACACUGUGUAACAAUCGAAAAUCCUGAGGCGAGGAAAAACUAUACAACUGUUUAAGAUAAAACGGCGCACUCGAUUAAUCUUAGUACGGAUAACGAACAGACAUCAAAUUCAAUCUUUUUUAAAAAUUACUGUUGCAUCUUUACCGCUCGGGCGCAUGGUUUGAGCUUUUGUUGUUCGAAGUAGAAAAAUGUUAAAGGCAAGAACUGUUUACUCCAAGCAGACAAAAGAAUGUAUUGGCAAAGAAUUCUAAGUUAGGUUGCCCAAUCUCUAACGUUACUGUUAGGAUAGAGAAGGUACCUACACUAACAAAAGACUACACAUUCUUGAGCACAUACACGGUGACCAUACACCAGCAGCGACGCAUCUCACAAAAGUGGGCCUUGUAUAGAUCUAGAUAAGAUAGGCGAUUAUUAAGUGUAUUAGGCGAACACAUAGGGUAUAUAUUGUACAUAUGAAGGCAUUAAGUUGCUGGUUUAUUCCUGUUUUUUUUUUUUUGCUUUUUUUUUUUUUAAUUCAGUGCAGAAUGUUCGGUACAAAAGUUCUGUCCCGAACUGCUUGCCUUCCUACGUCACCUAAGUGUGGGCGCUGGCCGCGUCGUCUGCUAAUUACGAACUAAGUUAACUUAUUGUAGUGGUCUUUUGCAACGAGACACUACUGCCGAUUAGUUAUUUAUAGGUCGUGUUAUAUCAAUAAAUAUGGUGAAAGAACGUAAAAUUUAGAGAUUACAAACGAAUCUUUACAGAUUGAUACUGUUUCCUAUUUUUGGACAGUCAUCCCCUUUUUAAUAUUAGUAUCUUUUCUUGGUACCGUUGUAUCGAGAGCUGCCGCAAAAGUAUAAACACCAAUUGAUAAUUUGGUCACUUGAAUUAAUUACUUUGUUUUAGACGAGUCCUAUCUUUAGAAAACGCAUUGGAAAACAUAUUUCAGAUAAUUACAUUUAUUUAUUUGGCAACGAUUAACGCAGGCACGUCGUAUAAAGGUUGAAAUGUUUGAAAUAAUAACAGAACUGAAUAAAAUUUGCUAUAUAAAAAUGUUCAUGUAAGUAAGUUUAUUUAUUUACAUAGAGC